AUGGACCCCAACUUGCUCCUGCUGCUGUUCCUGACUCUGACCGGCCGGGGCUUGGCGGAUGACCUCCUGGAUGACGCCCCCGAGGUGCUGCGGGUGCCUGUGGGGCUCCCCACCACGGUGCACUGCCGCUACGGCCACAAGGACAUCAGGGCCCGGAAGGUGUGGUGCCGGCUCCUGGCGGGGAUUUGCCAGCCCCUCGCGUCCUCGGUCGUGGACCGUGGAGCACCGAGGGGGGCCAGACGCGUGUUUCUCACGGACCUGGGCGGGGGCCUGCUCCAGGUGGACAUGCUCACCCUGCAGGAGGAGGACGCGGGAGAGUACCGCUGCGUGGUGGAGGGGGCUGCAGGGCCGCAGACCCUGCACCGCGUCCAGCUGGUCAUAACUCGGCCAGCAUCUAGCCUGAAGGACGAGGAGACCUACAGAACCAGCAGUGAGACUGAUGUGCACUCUUCAGACCCUGUGGGCAGUGCCAGCCCUGUGGAGCCCAGGCAGGAUGAGAAGGGCAUCCCUUUGAUCUGGGGCGCUGCGCUCCUGCCAGGCCUGCUGUUGGUGGCGGUGGUGUUAUUUGCCAUAAUGGUCAAAAGGAAAGGGAACAAGCUUGCUGCCUGUAGACCAUUGCAGAGAAGCAGAAUGCCAGGCGUGGGUCCCCACUCUGUGAACUACCACAUCAAUGAUUCUGGCCUGGCUGUCGAUCUGCCAUCGGAUGUACCGUUUGUUAAACUGGAUUCACUACCCUCCUUUGACAACAGCACCUACGCCAGCCCUCCCCUUGAUCCCCUAUCGGGGGAUCCUCCACCUCCCUCCCCAUCACCUCCUCUACCUAAUCUGGUCUGUGCUAAGCCUGUGACUUAUGCCACAGUCAUCUUCCGCAACGGGGACAAAGGUGGAAGGACCUCCUGUGAACCAGCCCAAGAUCCACUUGGUAGUGAGACUCCACCCAGCUAA